UAGGUUAUUAAGCGGCCGUGACAGUUGCAGGUUAUUAACAGCUUUACUGCGUUCUUGAGUGAAGAGCUCCAUUUCCAGCGACCGUUGGGUCGCCCUAAAGGUGAAGGAGAAGAGGAGGACCUCUAGGGUUUCGAAGUCGCCUGAGCUGCAAUCCACUUGUGGAAUGCUCUAAUUGACGAACAUUUCUGGGAAUCGGAAAGCGGGAGGGUUGUUAUCUUCUACCUAUGCUUUCAAUCUUGAUAGCUUUUUGAGAAGGUGUGCUGGAAAUGGAAAACACAGACACAGAGCAGGAAACAGAGUCUUCAUUGAGAGGGGUUUUCAAGUUACUUGGAGAACCUGCGAUUGUUAUUAAUGGGGUGCCCCAUAUGUCCCCAAAUGACAGCACUCCUGUUCUCUCUAACACUGUAAAUAAUGCAGAAUCGAAUGGGAAUACAGUUUUCGGUGACUGGUUGGAAGGGCGGACAGUUCAAAAGUUGUUCGGGGAGCAAUAUUAUUCUGGUAUGGUUACUGAGUUUGACAAAGAGUCAGGGUGGUACAGAGUGGUAUAUGAAGAUGGUGACUUUGAAGAUCUUGACUGGCAUGAGUUGGAAGAGGUGCUUCUGCCCUUGGACAUAACAGUUCCACUGAGAUCGUUAGCACUUAAGACUAUCAGGAGAAGCAAGAAAGUCGUCAACAAAUCCGGGAAAAAUGUUGGUCAUUCUCGAAUCAGUAAAGCCAAAAAUGUGGCAAGUAAGGGAAAGAAAAUUUCGGAGCAUGAAGAGGCAAAGGUUGACAAAGCUCAAUUGUUCAUAGAGGGUAAGCAGGAAUAGGUUGCACCAUUUUAAUAAAAUCCCAAAGACAUUAACUGCUUCGUGAAAAUGAUAAUUGGAAGAUUAGCGUUGCAAGAUGGACAGAACAAAAUUAUGUGACUCAGGAGAAGCCAAAAUGUGAAUGGCUGUUGUUACAUGGUAAACUUGGGACUGAGAAUCCGAUGAUUUUAGUCCGAAUGUUUGCUGUGUUUGUAGUUUGUGAAUUGUGGUGCAAAUGUAGUGGAAUCGGCAAAACUGACUGUACUUGUAUGGAACCUUUUUUCAAAUGUUCAGCAAUGAAUAAAGAAAUAACAACUUCCA